UCAGCAGCUCCGGGACGCCUGCCGCAAAUGGCUGCUGGAUAGCCAUUAGAUAGCCAGCAUGGAAGCAACGCCGAGCAGAUCCUCGACCGUGUGGUGCUGGAGCAGUUUAUCACUGUCUCCCGAAGAAGACGGCGGAGUGGGUCCACUGCCACCGACCUGGCCAUCCAGUUGGCGGAGGACCAGAUGGUGGUGUGCCCAGGAGUCGGCGAAUCCCUGCCGGCGGUCUCUCUCUCUCUCUUCUCCUAAUGUUCCCUCUUCCCCCCGUCCUGUUCCCUUUCCUAGGUCCCAUCCGGGAAUCACUCCUCGAGUUCCUCCCCGGGGAAGGGGUGGGCCGCCUCCGGAGUCUGCCGCUGGCAUGAGAGCACCGCCCAGGGGGGCGGGAUCCACAGCACUUCCCUUUUUCCCACUCUCUCCACGCCAGUCCCUUGACCCUCUUCCUGCCACUAGGGCGGCGGGGAAGUCUGGGCCGGCCUGUUGGCGUUGUGGGGAUCCCGGACAUUUCAUUGACCGGUGCCCGGUGAUGGAGGUCGGGGCACUGAUCCGGGUCCCGGACGACCCACAGGCUGCCCCCGAUCAAGCUGGCCUGUACCAAAUACCUUGAUUGGCCUGGAGAGAUCGUAAAAGGCCUCAGGGGGAACAGAGAGGGAGAG